CAAGGGUCCUCCCUCCACUAUCAUCAUUCCUUCUUUUUUUCCUCUUCAAUUCUUUGCAGGGUGGGUGAGCUCCCAUGGAAGUCCAAGCCUCAACCUCAGCCUCUGCACCAGCACCAACUCCAGCACCACUAGUUGUAAAUGCAGAAUACUACAAAGAAAUCGAAAGGGCUCGUAGAUACCUCCGUGCUCUCAUUUCCAGCAAAAACUGUGCACCCAUGAUGCUCCGUCUAGCGUUUCAUGAUGCAGGCACUUAUGAUGCUCUCACAAAGACAGGGGGCCCAAAUGGCUCCAUCAGAAACCCACAAGAGCUUAAUCAUUCUGCAAAUAGGGGUUUGGAAACGGCAGUUGAUCUUUGCGAGAAGGUGAAAAGGAAGCAUCCUUGCAUUACAUAUGCUGACCUUUACCAGCUUGCUGGUGUUGUUGCAGUUGAGGUUACUGGAGGCCCCACUAUUCACUUCGUCCCUGGUAGACAGGACUCUUUGUCUUCACCAAAAGAAGGGCUCCUCCCAGAUGCUAACAAAGGUGCUGACCAUUUAAGGUCGGUCUUUAACCGGAUGGGUCUUGAGGACAAGGAUAUUGUGGCCCUCUCCGGAGGUCAUACAUUGGGAGGGGCACAUAAGCAAGUUUCAGGCUUUGAUGGCAAGUGGACAGAGGAGCCCUGGAAGUUCGACAAUUCGUAUUUCAAGGAGCUUUUGAAAUCAUCAACCAAGUUUCCUACACCUAGUAACCCUCCAACAGGGUAUUCACAGCAGAAACCUUCUUCUUCAGCUGCGGGCGAGGAUUCAACAGGGAGGCGAUUGUUUAUAUUUUCCACAGACCAAGCAUUAAUAAAGGAUCCUAAAUUCCUAGAAUAUGUUAUGUUGUAUGAACAGGAUGAGGAGGCUUUCUUCAGAGAUUAUGCGGCAUCCCACAAGAAGCUUUCGGAGCUAGGGUUUGUUCCACCUACAUGGACUUCCAGGGUAAUCACAGCUGUGAAGAACAGUUCAACCAUGGCAAAAACUGCUGCAGGAGUUGCUUUUGCGACAACUGCUAUAGCCAUUACUUUCUACUAUAGACAAAGAAGUCAAAGGAAAGAGGAGUAAAACAGGAUCGAUCAUGUAUAAGAAGAAACCAUGUAUAAUAAGAAGAUCCCACAAAGAUUCAUUGAAGAAAACUAUGUUCCUAAACAAUUAGGAGCUCCUCAUAUGAUCAAAAUUAAAUGCCAUACACAAUAGGAAUGCCAUACAAUAUAGAACAAGGCAAGAUCCUCAUUUUCUUGAGUCAAAAUGUAGCUAAUGAACAUCAUCAUAUGUUUUAUUACAGAUGUGUGCCCCCCUUUA